AUGCUUGCCACCUGGAUAUUAAAAUGUAGUAGAGUGCGUUUGAAGAGGACAACCGGAAGUGUCAAUGUACCCCUUUAUCUCCUGUGGCACAAUAUCCGUUCUUUCUCUCAGAGUAGCUCUGGUCUUCAAAGUCUUGAAGCUCAACUUUUUACUGCAAGUGAUAUUCCUCUUGAAAGUAUAGAUUUUUCUAACAAUUUGUUACGAAGAAUAACUGAGAGAACAUUUGAUGGAAUUGAGGAUACUCUGCAAGAAAUUAACCUCCGUAAUAAUAAGCUUGGUGAUCAGCUGAAUUCGCUUUUUUCAUCUGGAGAAUUUCACAGAUUGACACAUUUAUUAAAACUUGAUCUGUCUGGAAAUGGAAUCAAAGAAUUUCAACCUGGAAUCUUUAGUGGUCUUGUUAACCUGCAGGAAUUGAAGCUUGAAAGCAAUAACAUAGUGACUGUUCCACGAAUGGCAUUACUUGGUUUGAAAUCACUGAAGUCUCUACAUUUACAAUUAAAUUAUAUUUUGGACAUAGGGGUCCAUUCCUUUCCUAAUCUCACGAGUCUGCAAUUUCUGAAUCUCAGUUCUAAUGACAUAAUAACAAUACAAAACAUGGCAUUUGCUGCUCUUCCAAAUCUGCAGACCCUUAUUCUUUCUAAUAAUAAGAUAAAGACAUUUGAUCAGGGACUGCUAAAUGGACUUAAUAUGUUAGAAUAUUUGGAUUUAUCACAGAAUUUACUUGAAGAUCUGCCAUUAGGCAUUAAUUCCAACUCAUCUUUAAAACGAUUAGUUUUGUAUUCAAAUAAAAUACGAUCUUUAAGCAGAACAGCAUUUAAUGACUUGACAUCUCUUGAAUUUUUAGAUUUGCGUAGAAAUCGAAUAUUUGAAAUUACAGCCAGCACUUUUACUGACAUGAAGAAUCUAAAAGAGAUACGCUUGGAUAUUAAUACUGUAAGGAAAGUUAAAAGUGGAAUGUUUAAUGGUUUAGAAAGCUUGUCAGAUUUGACUCUAAGUGACAAUCGAAUUUUAGCAUUUCCCACUGAGUCAUUUAAUGUGUUUAGAAAAUUGAGGAAACUCAGCUUAGAUUAUAACAGGAUUGCAGCUAUUUCAAGAGAAAUUUUAGCUCCAGCAAGAAAAAAUGAAGAAUUAUCAUUAGCUUUUAAUUUAAUUAGCGAAAUACCUGAUAGAACAUUUAUGGAAUUUGAGAGUUUAGAGCUUCUCAAUCUUCAUGGAAACAAAAUAAGCAAUUUCUCAAGAGGGAAAACUGAAGGAUUAGAACAUUCUCUUUUAUAUUUAGAUAUUGGGUAUAAUGAAAUAACUGAGUUACCCCAAUUACAUUUUCCAAAUCUUCUAAUUCUUUCUGUUGCAAGGAAUAAAAUUUCAAAAAUUGAAACUAAAAGUCUGAAACCCUUGGUAAAAUUGAAGUUCUUAAAUAUAAGUUAUAAUAUGCUCUCAGAGUUUUCACGAGAUCUGUUUAUAGGAUUAAAAAAUAUGGAACAUUUAGAUUUGCAGCAUAAUCUUUUAAAAAGUAUUACAUCUUCUGCAUUUCAGAAUUUAUCGGUUAUCGAAAUGAAUUUUAAAAACAAUCAACUCCAAGAACUUCAUGGAAAUACAUUUGAAAAUUUAUAUAGACUGAAAUAUUUAGAUUUGAGUUUAAAUAGAAUAGAAAAUAUAUCUGAACAUGCUUUUAUUAAUGUGCCAAAUAUUGAAACACUAAAUUUAGGAGGAAAUAAACUUACUAUUUUUAGAGGAAAUGAGUUUUCUGCUGAUACAAAAAUCCAUACUUUAAUACUGAGUAAAAAUAGAAUUUCUAAUCUUUAUCCUCAGUCUUUUUAUUUACAUUCAAAAAUAAAAUACUUAGAUCUAAGCUUCAAUGAACUGAAUUUCUUCCCUUUUGAAGCUGUUAGCUAUCUGAUAUUCUUACAGAGAAUCAACCUUGAAGGAAAUAAAUUACUGUCUGUGGGUGAAAAAUAUUUUUCAAACAUGCCAAAUUUGAAAAGAAUUGAUCUUCAAAAUAAUCAGAUAAGAGAUGUUAGUGAAUUAGCAUUUCAGAAUUCUUCAAAUAUAAAAUUAAUUUUCCUGCAAAAUAAUCAGAUCUCUUCAGUAUUAGAGAAUACUUUUAUUAGUCUGAGUCGUCUUGAAUUAGAUAUUAGUAAUAAUAAUUUAACUUUUUUGCCAAACAAUGUAUUUUCUCGUUCUAAGGGAUUAAAAUUGGAAAGUAUUAACUUAGCUAAUAAUGCCUUAAGAGAAUUUCCUAAUGAAGCUUUAAAGAAGCAAUACCCAUUCUUAGAGAGACUAAAUAUUUCAUUUAAUAAAAUCAGAAACUUACCUUCAAAUGCAGAUAUUUUAGUUAACAUAAAAGAACUUGAUAUUUCAUUUAAUCCAUUGUCAACUGAAGCUCAACAUGUUCUGUUUGGUGAACCUAAGAGUGUGAGGAAACUGUAUGUUGAAAGUGUAGGUAUUUCAUAUUUGCCUACAAUCGAAUGUCCUUUCCUAAAGCAUUUGGAUUUAAAAGGAAAUAAACUGUCAAAAAUUGAUUCAAAUGUUUUUGAUAGAGCAAGUAUGCUAAUUAACUUAGAUCUGUCACAAAAUGCUUUUCCUAAUUUAAAUGCAAAUUUGGUACCUGCCCUAAUGAAAUUACCAUAUCUUAAAAGUUUAGAUAUAUCAAACAAUCCUGUGCAAUAUAUUACAAAGAGUGAUUUUAGUCAUUUUCAGCAUAUAAGAGAGUUAAAAAUAAAUAAUUUAAAAGAACUUAUUGAGUUGAACUGUGAAAGUCUGAAUGUGUUGCCUAGGCUUUCUAAAUUGCAGAUGUAUGGCUAUCAUUCUUUAUCUCAAUUCAAUAUUAAGCAGUGUUUACAAAAUUUGAUAGGUCUAGAAAAUUUAAGGGUUGAAGUUAAAGAUGUAUACCUGAAGGAUCAGUUGCAAUCUUUUUUCUCACCGAAACUUGAUGCAUUGAGUGUAAGUGGAGAAAAUUUACGAUCUGUUUCAUCGAGUGCAUUUGCAGGUAUGCUUAGUCCCGUGAUCAAAAUACAGCUCUCCCAUACUUCCAUUGAUACCUUCAAUGAUAAAAUUUUUUUGCCUCUUCCUUUAUCAUCGAAAAUUGAAUUUAGUGUUCCCCAUAACAAAAUAAAACGGUUGACAUCAGAGAUGCUGGCUGUUCUUGACAAUAAACAAGUAGAUAUAAGUAUAUAUGGUAUUAAUUUAAAUCCUAUCAGCUGCGAUUGCCAUCUGAACUUUUUGUGGAACUGGCUGCAUGACAAGACAAAGACAUCUAAUGAUCAGCAUCAGGAAGAUAUUUCUUUAAAUGAUUUUAUAUGCUCUGAACCUGAUAGAUUACAGGGGAAAAAGCUAAAAGAGCUUGCCUUUAGUGAUUUAAUUUGUGAGGAUUCAUCCUUUACCAAGGUAACAGAUGUAAGUGUUGAUUCUUCUACAUCGUAUUUUUCUACUUCCCUGAAAGAAACAACAAGUCUUCGGGACCAUCCUUACAUUAUAUUUGAACAACCUGUAACCAAAAGACCAUCAGUGCCAUUAUCUUAUGUACCUGCAGGUGGUAAUCGUAGUGCUCUAACAAAAGUGGAUACAAUGAUUAUUGGCAUUGUAGCAGGUGUUGUUGCUUUUGUAUGUAUUCUCAUAAUAAUUAUCUGUAUCAUAAGACUACGUCGAGCUCAUCCUCUCUAUACAGCUGGACCACUUGCUGGUCCUUUAGCAUUUCGAGCUCAAGGGAAGUGUACUUGUUUGAAGCCUCCAUCGAGUAAUUGUACUUGCUAUCCUAUGUAUUCUGUUCCUUAUCCUGGUGGUCGCCCUUCUCUGCUUCAAAAUGCUCAACACAAAAUGUUACCUCCAUCUCUUCCAGCCCCGCCUGGUUUUUUGAACUCAGGUCAGUCAGGAAGGUUAAGAAAUACUCCUUAUUAUGUUACAUACCCAGACAGUGACAAUGAAAACAAAUGAUAUAGUACUUGUUCCCAAGUUUUUAGAUCUGAAACUUGUGUAACAAGUGAUAAUUGCAGGUAGUAAGAAGAUAUAUUUAGCAAAUAGUUUCAUUUGUACAGUGUGUUAAUUUGGAAAUGUGUAUUUUAAAGGUUCAUUUUAUAAAUAGCCUCAUAGAGAGCAUCUUGCUAUUUUUAAAUUCUUCAGGAAACUGAUUCAAAAAUAAUUUUUACCGCUGAUAUAAACUGAAACAUGAAACAUUUAUUUUCAUAUUCAUAUUUUGUGCAUUUUACUCACUAAAGAUUGCCUCUAACAUACUCGUCAUCCUUUCAUUAUAUUUUAAAAUAUUCAUAAAGCAGAGAAAUUUCAUUUCACCUUCAGUGAAGCAACACAGGUAUCUAAAAUUCCUGGAACCAGCUAUGGAUCUCCUGCAUAUUUUUAUGGAGCUUUUCUACAUGUCAUUUAUAAAAACUGUUCUGUCAGUGUUGUUAUGUUUAUGUCAGUUUAUUGAUAUGGUUGAAAAUGGCAGCUAUUCAUUCCAAUUUAACCCACUCAUGUGUGAUUUUAUUUUGAAUGUGAAAGAAAAAAAGUUUGAUCCUUUCUGGUUAUCUGCACCCGUCUCAAAAGUCUCACAAAAUUAAUUCAUGAAAGACAAGUUUUUUUUUAAUGGCAGUGCAGUAAGAAUUCCAUAAAAGAGCAAUGAAUCAAUAUUUUUUUUUUAAAGCAUCUGCAAUGAAACACCUUUUUCAAGAAAUCCCUAUGUAAUUUUUAUUGUACACAGCAUUUUCCAUUAAAAAACUCAGAGAAUGGCACAAAUUCAGCAUUGUGCAUGAUUUUUUUCCCAUGUGCACAAUAAUCCAUUUUUACUUAAAAAACGUUGAAGAAUUGCACAAAUUUGGCAUCACACACAAAUCUAGAGAUCCAUAAAUGCAUAAGAGUUGAUCAUUUAACUUCAUGGACUGCAAAUUUGUGCAUUCCAUGUAGUUAAAUGAUCAACUCUCAUGCAUCUUUUGGACAAAAGGUCAUAGUUCUGGGAUAUUGCAGCACUUUUUCAUCAGCCAGAAAACUCCACAGUCCCAUUGCAACUCGUUACAGGGGAAAAAUUUGUUCGAUGCAAAAACAAGCAUUCAUCAGAAAAAUGGUUGUAAAAUAUGAAGGUGGAAAUUCUUGCUAAUCUGCUGCAUGUGCAUGCAUACAGUUUGGCGAUGUCCUGAGUUGCCUAUUUUGGCAAUAUAAUGCAUUACAUUGUGAAUUUAUUUCAAGGGGGAGCAGAUAAUCAGGAGGAAAACUAGGAUUUUUUUGUGGUGAUCUAAUGUACCAUAACAUUAGAUUUUACUUACAUUCUUUGUUACAUAUUUAGUAAUAUUUUAAUUCUGAUAAUUGUUACUGCAGUGGCUGAUUUAAAGUUGUUUAAUUAUUUCAAAAUGUAAAAUGAAUAUUAGUAGUAUUGUUAAAUCAAAUAAUAAAGUUAUUUGUAAAUUCUUUGGACAUUACAAGUAACAAAAAAUUAUAUCCUCUGUGUGUUUGUUAGUACUGAACAUGCAUAAAACUUAUAUGCCUUGUAGUGUUGUUGAAAUUGUUACUUGUUGCUGUCAAUGUGUUUUUAUUAACAAAUUUGUGAACUUUUUAUAGUAAGCAAUUGUAAUUAUUGAGUUGAUACACAUCAGUGUUAAUAUAUACAGUUCAAUAUUUCUUUUAUAUUUAAUUUUUUUUACUAAAAAAUAAUAUCCGUCCAUAUUUUUUUAUAUUUACAGCUGUAUAUGGAUGGGGUGUAUAUUUUUUGUUUUUAUAUGACUAUUUAUAGAAUUAAUAAA